AUAUUCUCAUUCAGCCAUAAUAAUAAAAACCAUACACUUCCUUCAGAAAAAAAUAUAUACUUACAGAUAAACCGGAGACAUGGCGGCUUUUGCAAUUUUCCGGCUGCCGGAGGUGCUUAAUCCACCGACAACCACUGUCCACCACCGCAGCAAACUUGAUCAUCCAAACCACCCCAUCUCCAGAUGGAGGUCGAAAUGUAGAUGUAUGCAAAAUCCUGGUGAAAUACGAAGAACAAAGAGCCAGAAUUAUUACGAGUUGCUUGGGAUUUCUGUUGACUCCAAUCCUCCGAAAAUAAAAGAGUCCUACAGAAAAUUACAAAAGAAAUAUCACCCAGAUAUUGCAGGCCACCAGGGUCAUGAGCAUACACUAUUGCUGAACGAGGCAUAUACCGUACUAAUGAAGGACGAACUAAGAAAAAAUUAUGAUGCUUCUAUUGGCCAUGUACGAGUCGGGUUUGGAGGAGAUGCGUUGAAUAUGGGUUACAGCUCGUGGAAUGGACCCCUUCGACCCCAAGCGCUCUUUGUCGACGAAAAAGCUUGCAUAGGCUGCAGAGAAUGUGUGCACAAUGCCAGUAAUACAUUCGUAAUGGACGAGACUAUCGGAUGUGCCCGAGUCAAUGUGCAGUUUGGAGAUGAUGACACUAGCAUCGAGAUAGCAGUCCAAUCAUGCCCGUUGAACUGCAUCCAUUGGGUGGAGAGGGACGAGAUAGCCGUGCUCGAGUACCUUAAUAAGCCACAAGAGAAAAAAGGGUAUGGCGUAUUCGGACAAGGAUGGGAAAGACCUGCAAACGUAUUCAUGGCAGCCAAGACCUUCGAGAAGCAGCUAAAGCAAAAACAAGCUGAAUCACAACGAAAUCACGCAAGACAUGAUGUUGAACAAGAAACAGCAGCACAAGCAGAGGCUCGAGAAAGUGCGAGCUUAAAACUGAAAAUGGAGAGAUUUUCUGGAUUUUGGGAGUGGAUGAAGGGCAUCGUGGCGAAAAAAGAAGUACCUUCCUGAACAGAAGUCUCGAUUCGACAACUACAAAAAACCAAUACUUGCCACCAAAAAACAGAACAGCUAGAUACUUAAAUGAAUAUCAUGUAAUAUAGUAGUAAACAGCAAGUUCCAGGAGUAGGUUACUGCUGAUUUAAAUGUAAAUAUAUUCCAACAGUCCUUAGUCUACAAAAUCAACAUGUUCAUCAUGAUUAUUUGUUAGCUCUUUUGAGUUCGUAUAGUCAUCGAGGGUGCAUUUGGU